CGUUUUUUUUGCUCUUACUUUGUGCUUUGAAAUGAAAACUACCUGAAGUUGUAAAACAGAACGCUGGGUGGCGCUGCAGGACAAGAGAGUAAAAACCUCUCCACGAUUCCAAGUCUACGUAAAGCCGUAAAGCCGCCUCCGACAGCUUGCAAAGGAAGCAUUUUACACCACCGGGGCUAGAGGGUUUCAGAGAGGCCGCUAUCCCCAUCCCCACGUCAGUCAAUGUUAGGAACUGACUCAAGAUUAUUGAACUAAGAUAGCAGAGUUGGCUGCAAAGCAAUCAUUUUGUGAUUUAAUACUGGAUCGUUUGGACAAGGAGGAAGGAUGGAGACGCCGCUCCCCAAAGCGCCCCGGAAAAGGCAAGUGACCGCCAUUAUUAUUCUAUUACUAUUGUGGGAGGCGGGCGGUGCGACCAUUAACUAUUCCGUUCUAGAAGAGAGGGAGAGCGGCUCUUUUGUGGCCAACCUCGCCAAAGAUCUGGGUCUGGGCUUAGGGGAGCUGGCCGCGCGUGGCGCCCGGAUUCUAUCCAAAGGGAACAGACAGCAUUUGCAGCUCGAGCAGAAGAGUGGGUAUUUGCUCCUCAAAGAAAAAUUGGACCGGGAAGAGUUGUGUGGUGACACGGACCCGUGUAUACUGCAUUUCCAGGUGUUACUGAAAAACCCGCUGCAGUUUAUUCAAGGGGAACUCCAGCUCCGAGAUGUAAAUGACCAUGCCCCAGAAUUCUUGGAACAGGAAAUCCUCCUGAAAAUCCCGGAAAGCAGCCAUCCUGGGACUGCAAUUCCUUUGAAAACAGCUCAGGAUUUAGACGUGGGCAGCAACACAGUUCAGAACUACACCAUUAGCACCAACCCUCAUUUCCACCUUUUCACUCGCAGUCACAGCGAUGGCAGGAGAUACCCCGAGCUGGUGCUGGACAAAACACUGGACCGUGAAGAGCAGUCAGAGCUCAGGUUAACCCUCACGGCGCUGGACGGUGGGUCGCCGCCCAGGACUGGGACUUCCCAGGUUGUCGUUGCGGUCCUGGACAUAAAUGACAACGCCCCUGAGUUUGCUCAGCUGCUCUAUGAGGUGCAGGUCUCAGAGAACAGCCCUGUAGGCUCCCUUGUCAUCACCGUCUCCGCUAGAGAUUUAGAUGCUGGGACCCAUGGCGAGCUCUCCUACUCGUUUUUCCAAUCAUCAAAUCAUGCCAUUCAGGUGUUUGAAAUAAACGCAGUCACGGGAGAACUUCGGUUAAAAAGAAUGCUGGAUUUUGAGGAAAUUCGGUCUUACCGUAUGGAAAUUGAGGCUUCAGACGGUGGAGGCCUUUCUGGGAAAUGCACCGUAGCCAUAGAAGUGAUGGAUAUAAAUGACAACGCCCCGGAACUGACCAUGUCAUUACUCAUCCGUGACAUCCCAGAAAACACCCCAGACGCUGUGGUAGCUGUUUUUGGAAUUUCAGAUCCAGACUCUGGAGACAAUGGCAAAAUGACUUGUGUCAUCCAAGACCAUCUCCCCUUCCUACUGAAACUUACUGUAGAAAAUUUCUACACCUUGGUAACAGAAGGAGCGCUGGACAGAGAGAAUCAGGCCGAGUACAACAUCACCAUCACCGUCACCGACAUGGGGACCCCCAGGCUGAAAACCCAGCACAACAUCACCCUGCUGGUCUCCGACGUCAACGACAACGCCCCCGCCUUCACCCAAACCUCCUACACCCUGUUCCUCCGCGAGAACAACAGCCCCGCCCUGCACAUCGGCAGCGUCAGCGCCACAGACAGAGACGCGGGCGCCAACGCCCAGCUCACCUACUCGCUGCUGCCGCCCCACGACCCGCAGCUGCCCCUGGCCUCGCUGGUGUCCAUCAACGCGGACAACGGCCACCUGUUCGCCCUGAGGGCGCUGGACUUCGAGGCGCUGCAGGCGUUCGAGUUCCGCGUGGGCGCCACGGACCGCGGGUCCCCCGCGCUGAGCAGCCAGGCGCUGGUGCGCGUGCAGGUGCUGGACGCCAACGACAACGCGCCCUUCGUGCUGUACCCGCUGCAGAACGGCUCUGCGCCCUGCACCGAGCUGGUGCCCAGGGCGGCCGAGCCGGGCUACCUGGUGAGCAAGGUGGUGGCGGUGGACGCAGACUCGGGCCAGAACGCCUGGCUGUCGUUCCAGCUGCUCAAGGCCACGGAGCCCGGGCUGUUCGGCGUGUGGGCGCACAAUGGCGAGGUGCGCACGGCGCGGCUGCUGAGCGAGCGCGACGCGGCCAAGCACAGGCUGCUGGUGCUGGUCAAGGACAAUGGCGAGCCCGCGCUGUCUGCCAGCGUCACGCUGCACGUGCUGCUGGUGGAUGGCUUCUCGCAGCCCUACCUGCCGCUGCCCGAAGCGGCGGCCGACCAGGCGCAGGCCGACCCGCUGACCGUGUACCUGGUCAUCGCGUUGGCGUCGGUGUCGUCGCUGUUCCUGUUCUCGGUGCUGGCGUUCAUCGCGGUGCGGCUGUGCAGGCGGAGCAGGGCCGCCUGGGUGGGUGGCUGUUCGGUGCCUGAGGGCCACCUUCCGGGCCACCUGGUGGACGUCAGCGGUACAGGGACCUUGUCCCAGAGCUACCAGUAUGAGGUGUGUCUCACAGGAGGCUCCGGAUCAAAUGAGUUCAAAUUCUUGAAACCGAUUAUCCCCAACCUCCUACCCCAAGGCGCUAAUGAAGAAAUAGAGGGAAAUGCCACAUUCCAGAAUAACUUCGGAUUCAAUUAGGAAUCUCAUCAUGAUGCAGUGUCUUUUGUAAGAUCUUUAGUUGCUCCAGGUACAGAGUUUGAGAGCGUCAUGGACAAAAAUCCUAACUCUAAGUAUAGCCUGGAUUUCCCUUUUGGGUGUCAGUGGCAUGGGGACCAGUAUGAGGUGUGUCUGAACAGAAGCUUAGGAACCAGCGAGUUCAUGUUCCUCAAACCAACUGUCGGCAAGUUUAUGGGUGAAGGGGCUGGUAGGGACACCGAGGAAAACUCUAACUUUACAAAUAAUUUUGAGUUCAAUCAGGAAUCUCAUCUUGAAAAGACCUGAUAAAUGAUAAUAUACAUUCGGGUAUUUCCCAACCCUUGCAUUCACAGAAGAGCGUACAUAUUCACACAUUCAUAAUUAUUGCCAUUUUUAUAGUUAUUGCAACCUGUUGAAGUAUUUCAUAUUCUGAAUCUCUAGGUGUUUUUGUUGUUUUGUCAGGUUUUCUCCCUCACAUUUUGCAUGAUCCUACAAUAGCAGAGCACUGGUGUUUCUCGGGAUUUUGGGGUAAGAUUUUUGGAAGUUACAAAUGUUUUCAGAUUCCUGAUAUUUUAGCUUGUUCACUGAUAUAUUGUUAUGAUUAAGAGACUUGUGUUUAAUGAUUAUCAUCAGCAUGAGUCUAACUAAUGUAAAUGAUGGCUUUUAGUUUUAAAAAUAAUUUUCAUUUAUGCAAAAAUUACUGUGACCUUGUAAAUUAUUUGAUUCCUGUAAUGUUGUUUCAAAAACACUGCCGUAGAUUUUCAAAUGAACUAAUAUUUUAGCUGGAUGUUUUCUAAGUUGAGUAUUUUCUUUCAAAAUUGAGAGCAUGUAGUUAGACCACCUGCUAUAAUUUUAAAUGAUUCAA